AUGGGUUUAUGUUAAGGAAAAAAAAAUUAUAAGGCUGAAAAAAUUAUUGUGAAUUAGAAUACCACUAAUGAAAAUUUAUGUGUGCUAGUUGAAAACUUAAUUAACAAAAAUGAAAUUGGAAUAUCUUAAUUACCCAAUUAUUAAUUAAAGUCAUAGAUAACUUCAUGCAUAAAUUAUAGCUAUAUUGAGAGUGAAAUUAAAUUACCAACCGGAGAAGGAUAUUUAGAAUGGACUUGUAACUUUAAAUUAUCAUUUUUAGAUGAAGAUGGUACUAGAUAUGAAGGACAAUGGAAAAAUAAAGCUCCAAAUGGAAAAGGAAAACUCUGGUUGGCUAGUGGAGAUAUUUUUGAAGGUUAAUUUAUUGAUGGAUAACUCAGUUAAGGGUCUCAUUUCUAAACUAAUGGGAGUACUUAUACUGGAGAAUUCAUAAAUGGACUAUAUCAUGGUUAUGGUUAAUUAAUUGAGUAAGGACUAAAUUGAAAUAGGUUUAAUGGUGAUUCUUAUUCUGGAUAAUUUGAGAAUGGAAUGAAAUAAGGAAAAGGAGUAUUGAAGAGAAAUGAUGGGACAUUAUAUGAUGGAGAAUGGAAAUAAGAUGUUAAAAGUGGAUUUGGAUUAUGUAUAUGGGAUGAUGAAAAUGUAAUUAUGUUUUUAUAGAUUAGAGAUAUGAUGGAUAAUGGGAAGAGAAUCUUAUGCAUGGCCAAGGUGUAUUUUAUUGGAAGGGAAGAAAAUAUGUGGGAGAAUAUUAUUAGGGAUAAAAACAUGGAAAAGGAAAGUAUUAUUGGAAUACUAAUACUUAUUAUGAUGGGGAAUGGAUCUAUGGAGUUCAGAAUGGAUAAGGAAUUUUGGUGAUUAAUCAAUAAAUUCAAAAAGUAAAUAGAAAAUAAUUAUAAGUAUUUUAUAGUCUGGCGUUUGGAAAGAUGGAGUGUUUUAAAAUAAAUAAUGA